UCGGGAAACCCAUUGGGUUAUCGACAAAGUAGGAUGAUUGAACUACGAAAUCAGAUCUGGAUGGAGUUUCUUUGUUGUUUUGCCCAAAAGACAAAACAAGAAGUUGGGGAGCUGGAGAAUUUGAUAUUAUAUUGGUCACUCACGGUACACUAAGUUCUGAGAAAGGAAUAAGAGGCUCCCAAGUGGAUAAGAUGGAGUAGUGGUGAGUCAUCUUGGACGAGGCACAUGAGUGCAAAUGGGUAGUCAUAGGGUCAACAAUCGAUUCUCGAUCUUGCAACUUAAUGUACCUUGAUGUAUUUUUUGAGAUUGGUGCUGUUUUCUACUAAGAGCAUCUGGGAAACCACACCUUGAAAAAUGGAACAAAAAGGACUCUUACGA